GGUAAUUGGCUUAACCAGGUUCUAGUGUUUUAACUAUCCGGCAUUAUACCGUGUAUUUCUGUUACCUGAUAGCCGACGGGUUUUGCUUACAUAUCCAGAAGCCAGCGAAGCGUAACAAAGUUUGUCACGGGAAAGAAGCGCUCUGUGUUAACUUUAGUUCAGUUAACCGCUCUGCAAAUAAGUGUUGAGCAAGUGUAUUAACAGAUUCGACGUACAGAAUUAUUAAGGCAUGGCAACUUGUGUGUAGUCUGUAUUAUGUGUAUGACACGAGUCAUACACGUUAAUUACUGUACGGUACAAGUUAGAUGCGUCAAAUAUAACAGAAUAGAGUUAAAUGGAAAACUUGGUUAAGAUGUUUCGUAGUUUAACAAAUUGGCUUUGGAUUUUUAGUGAAAAGUAGACGAUUGUUACUGCUUUGCCAUGGAACUUAGUUUGAAAAACGAGCUUCUUGCCAGCUUUGCUUGGUACACAGUAAUAGUUGUGUUGAAAAUGAUGAUAAUGUCGAUUAUCUGUGUAAUGCAUCGAAUUCGCAAUAAAGCAUUUGUAAAUGAAGAAGAUACAAAAGCGUUUGGUUCAUCCGUAAAAGGCAAACUUGCAACAGUUACAAAUGCUUCAGUCGAAAGGGUUCGACGUUGCCACUUAAACGAUAUUGAAAAUAUUAUUCCGUUUGUUAUCAUUGGUUUUGCUUAUAUACUGACAGAUCCUGCCGUAGAAACUGCUAUAUUUCAUUUCCAGCUCUUCACCGGCUCGAGGAUUUCCCAUACUUUCUGUUACUUGAUUCCAAUUCCACAGCCAUCUAGAUUCGUAUUCUGUAUGUCAGGAUAUAUGGCUACUCUAUCAAUGGCAUUCCGCACCCUGGCUGCACUCUAUUAAUUUUUAUGCAAAAACGGAAAUUACAAAUUUAUGAAAUUGAUUUUCCAACUGCUACAAAUGGAUUUAAUUGACUUUUUAUUACAAAAUGCUAUGUAAUUAAAUGUAUGUCAUGCUAUUGUGGAGAUACAAUACGUUUGUAUUUUGUUGUUUCUGACUAGCCCACAUAUUACUAUUCCAUUACAAACAUCGUAUUAUAUCGAUUCAAACCUGUCAAAACUGGAACAACAUGAAACAUAUGGUAAAAAACA